AUGGAGAGCCACUGUGGGGCUCAGCUGAACGACUGCUUAGAUGAAACUGAUGAGAGUAUUGACCCUGCGUACAACAGAGAUAAGAAGGAGAUUCAUGAGUCACAGUGUGGGAUUAUUCUCACGUGUUUGUGGCAUGAAGAGCAGCAAGAGGAGACGAAGGAGAAAACGGAGGAUCAGAACAGUUCGGGAAAGCUGUCCCCGCUGGCAACCAAGGCGUUGGCGUUCGCCCGGUCGGCCCGCCGAAUGCAAGGCGCUGAUCAUUGCACUGAUGGGAUCACUCCUCUCGAUGAGUCUAGGCUUGAGGGAAGUCUCAUGAAAUGCGCGACCGAUUUCGGUUGCCAACGAACGAAAACAGCUGAUCCGGCGGAGCAAGCCGCUGGGGGAGUCAUCCCUGGGGAGAAGAAGGUCAUUCAGGAAGUUGCUCAGGGAAAGUCUAUGGUUGAAAUUGAAUCGGCGGAGAUGAGGCCAGCGAUGAUCAGUUUCGAGAGCAUCGACACUGAUUGUCUGCAAAAUACUUGCAACUAUGAGCUGGGGAAUUGUGACCAAGUGGGUGUUGUCAUGAUCCUGGUUAUGUUGGAGUAG